GCUGCCGCCGCCAACUGCCAACUUCCUUCCUUCGCUAUUUUUCCCGGUCAUUUCUGCAACCUCCCGUUGGGGGAAGGAAAGAGGGAGGGAGAUGGCUCUGAAGGCGGUGACACUCACUCACGUUCGCUACGAGAGGGAGGACAAGCUGGGCCACUUCCUGGCGUGGGUCUCCCUCCUCCCCGUGUUCAUCAGCCUCGGUGGCUUCGUCUCCCACAUCCUUCUCCGCCGCGAGCUCCACCCCGUCUUCUUCUUCAUCGGCCUCAUUCUCUCUCAUCUCUCCAACGACUUCGUCAAGGAUUCCGUCAAGCAGUCUCGCCCUCACACCUGUGAAGCCCUCGAGUUCUGCGACUCCCAUGGCUGGCCCUCCUCCCACUCAAACUACAUGUUCUUCUUUGCUGUCUACCUCACCCUUCUCCGCCUCCGCUGCCGGCCGAUCUCUAAAUGCGACCUCGCUGUCGCCCUUGGUUCCUGGACUCUGGCGUUCCUUACUAUGUUCUCCAGGGUCUAUUUGGGCUACCACACUGUCGGCCAGGUCGUCGCUGGUGCCGGACUUGGAAUUGUUCUCGGGGGUACCUGGUUCUGGAUUGUGAACUCGGUGAUCGCGGGCUGCUUCCCUGCGAUUGAAGAAAGUGCGAUCGGGAGGUUCUUCUAUAUCAAGGACACAUCGCACAUACGGAAUGUCCUCAAGUUUGAGUAUGAGAAUGCUAGAGCUGCUAGAAAGGCGUUUCAGAGGAAGGAAGCUACUGAUUGAGUGGCGGGUGGAUUCUUGGACGUGCAAAUUUCAGCAUACUCUGUGUUUCCCGUCUGGGUUUUCCCUAUUUUUCCUUGUUCUUUACUUUCUUCGUUGAUAUUAUACUGUUAUCUCUUGCUUCCUUCAGCAGUUUCGCCUGAAUGGAAAGACUCCGUUGGGAGUUUUGAAAUUGCAUUACCUUUUUGUAUAUUGCCGGCGGACGUUCUUUACUUAUCAAUCAUAAUUUUUGCUUUUUUAUGCUCA